AUGUCGCAGGAGCCGAAUCCUUCCCUCUCCAAGCCCCGUCGCAAGCGGGAUAAACUGCAAUAUUCCUGCAACGCAUGUCGCCAGCGCAAAUCCCGCUGCGACCGGCUCCAGCCUGCGUGUUCCGGGUGUCUCCAUCGCGGCCUCGCCUGUGUCUAUUCGGUCUCGCGGCCGCCUGGAUCCUCGCCGGCGCCCGUGGUCUACGACCGCCUCGUCCAUCUGGAGGGCCUCGUCAAGGCAUUGAUGGCCGACGGGGGGGUCCGCGCCCCCAAUUCCACCGCCAGCAGUGCGCGACCAGAGUCUGCCAGUGAGAAUGAGGCCCUCGACACCCAGUCCGAGUGCGGCAGCAUGCAGAUCACCGAGUCCGAGCUGCGCUAUGUCGCCGGCGAGCACUGGGCGGUCAUCCUGGAUAGUAUCGCCGACCUCAAGGCGCACUGCGACCGCGAGGAGCAGCUGGGUCUGGUCGAGACGCCCCCGGAUCCCAGCGACAAUGAAGCCGCCCAUGUCCGCCAUGCCCUGCUGCUGUAUGGCUGCCACCGGGCGGCGUCGCGCGCCGAGAUCAUUGCGGCGCUGCCGCCCAAAGUUGCCGUCGACCGCUACAUUUCUCGGUAUUUCAACUAUCUCGACCUUGUCGCCUCGGCUGCCGUCCAUGGGCCCAGCUUUAUCCGAGAGUACGAAGCCUUCUGGGCCGAUCCCAGCCGGCCUUCCAUCCUCUGGGUCGGGCUGCUCUUCAGCAUGAUCUGUCUGGCGGUGAUGGCCUCGGACGGCCCCGAAGCCGAGCAGAAAUCGCUGCAGAUCGACCUGUACCGCGAGAAGAUCGUGCAGUGUCUGGUCAUGGGCGAGUACACCAAGCCCGGCCCGUAUGUGCUGGAGACGGUCGUGCACUACCUGUACAUCGAGUUCGGCAUCAACCCGGACGCAGACCGCAACAUCUGGUUCCUGCUGGGCCUCGAGGUCAACCUGGCCAUGCGGAUGGGCCUGCACCGCGACCCGGGCCACUUCCCGCGCAUCUCCAUCCUCGAGGCCGAGAUGCGCCGCCGGCUGUGGGCCACGGUCUUGACCAGCGACAUCCUCCUCUCCAGCCAGAUGGGCAUGCCACGCAUGAUCUGCGACUGGAAGUGCGACACGGGCGAGCCGCGCAACCUCAACGAUACAGAUCUCGGCCCCGAUCUCACCCAGCUGCCCCCUGCCCGCCCGGAGACCGAGCACACCACGGCGCUGGGCAUCAUCGCCCGCCGCCGGAUGAUCGUCGCCCUGGGCGCCAUCGCCGACCUGGUCGACUCCGUCAAGGCCGUCAGCUACGCGGAGAUCAUGCAGACAGACAGGAAGCUGCACGACGCCGUCGCCAGGAUCCCGCCGCCCCUGCGCAUCAAGCCGCUGGCGGCCAGCGUCACCGAUCCGCCGCAGGUCAUUCUCUCCCGCCUCUUUCUGGGCCAUCUCCUCUACAAGGGCCAGAUCAUGCUGCACCGCCGCUAUCUGGAUAUGCCGUGCACCACCACCACCGGCGAUCCCGAAGACCCCUUUGUCUACUCGCGCACGGCCUGUCUCGACGCCUCCCUGGGCACUCUGCACAUCCAGCAGAUCCUCGACGAGGAGACUUGUCCGGGUGGUCGACUGCACGAACUGCGCUGGCGCAUCACCUCCAGCAUGACGCACCUGUUUCUGACCGCGACGAUGGUGCUCUGCUCGCUGCUGCAUCGGGGCCAGCCGCUGGGCGACCGCACCGAAGAGGUGCUGGCUGCCUUACGGCGUGCCCGCACCAUCUGGAUGCGCCGCAGCAGCUCCUCUCGUGAGGCCAAACGCGCGACGGAAAUCGUCAGCUUCACUCUGGCCCGCACGGAAGACGAGCCUGUUGCAGCAUCUACAGAGAUGGACUAUACGGGCUACGCAUGGUCGCAGCCAAUCGGUGCAAAUGAAGGCUUCUCCCCCAUGAUGAACGACUGGUUACAGAUGCAGUGGUUGGGACAAGAUACAUUGUUCCCGGGUUGA